AUGCUUAAAUUUGUUAAAUUUCUUUUUUUCAUUGUGUUUUUAAUAAAAUGGGAAAUAGUAGUCUCAAUAAAUAUACUCCGAAAGGAGACCAAUAAUAGUGUAACUGCCAAUUUUAGGAAAAGUUGUAAACAAAAUGACUUGGUUAAAAAUAUAAGAAAGGGAUAUUUACCUUAUGUUAUAGGAAAUGGUGAAGAUAAUAAUAUUGUGAACAUUGGUAGAAAUAAUAAAAAAUUAAAAACAGUUAAAUAUAAUUACAAAAAUCCCUAUAAUCGGAAUAGCCAUUAUGAUCAUAAUAAAAGAAAUGAGCUAAAACAAAAAAAAAAAACAUUUUUUUUUAUUUGUAACAAUUUGGCUAGCUCAACUAAAAAAAAAAAAUCCAAAAUAAAAAGGGAAACAAAUAUUUUUAAUAACUUGAAUUAUGGAGAAGAAGAACAACCAAUAGAUCAUGAAUUGGAAGAAAGUUUAAGUGGGUGUAUAGAAAAUGAUAUUAAAGAUAAUUAUUUUGAUUCAUUAAUAGGUUGUAGUGACGAUAAUUAUAAUUAUGAUGAAGAUAAUUUUGAUAAAGAUGAUUUAAGUGAAGAGACAAAAAGAAAAAAAUAUUAUGCAUAUGGAAGAAAAUUUAAUGAUCAAGAUUUUAAUUCUGAACAUGUAAAUAAAUAUUAUCAAUAUUUACCUAUAUAUAAUAACAAUGAUAAUUGUGGUAAUAAUAAUAUUCGAAGAAAUAGUAAUAAUACAGGAACAAUGGAAAAUUUUCGAAAAGUAUAUGAAAGUAAUAAAAUUGAAAACUUGGAAAGAAAUAUAAGAGAAGAAGAUUUACAAUAUCCUUCUGUUCCAGUCAAUUGGAAAGUUUAUGUAUGUCUUUUUUUUGAUAAAAAAUAUAACUAUGAAAAUGAUGAAGAAAAAAAAAUAUACAAUAAAUUUAAUAUAAAUAUACGUCAUAAAUUUGCAUUAGAAUUUUUAGCAUGGGCACGAUUAUCAACAAGGAUAUAUCAAAACACAUCAAAAGUUUUAAUGUUAUUUAAUUUAAAAAAAAAUAAUAAUAUAUUUGGUAAUUUAAUUUUUUUUACAUCCUUAAAUUUACACUAUGCUAAAAUGUUUAUGGAAUCUAACCCAUAUAUAAAACUUGGGUUAUGUGAAGAAUUAUAUUUAUAUUCAUAUGAAAAUAAUAAUGAUCAUUUUUUAAUUGGUAAUUUUCCAAAUUUAUUUUUACAAAAAAAUUAUUUGCUUGUAAAAUUUUUUAACCAAAAUAAAUUAAAAGAUAUCAAUGAACUUUAUGAAAAGCAUAUGAGAUUUUAUAUAACAUCAAGUAUGAUUUUUAAAUUAGGAACCCUAAAAAAAGUUCCUAAAGACAACUUAAAAGAUUUAUUUUUAUCUACAUAUCAAUAUUUACCAAUAACAGAUAAACAAACUAAAAAUAUUUUAAACAAAUUUCAUGAAGAAUAUAAAAUUUUUGAUAAAUGCAAAAGUGUCGAAAUUGAUAAAAAUGAUCUUACUAUAAAAGAUAUCAAAUACGAAGAAAAUAAUUUAAAUGGAAAAGAUGGCAAUUGCGUUGUGGUUGAUACUUCUGGCGAUACUUCUGGCGAUACCUCUGGCGACACUUCUGACGAUACCUCUGGUGACACUUCUGGCGAUACUCCUUUUGAAAAAUUUGGGUCAAAUUGUUUAGCAGAGUUAAGUAUAAUUAAUUGCAAAGAUGAAGAAGAGGCUCGUGAGUUUCUCGAAAAAGAUCCGUAUACAAGAUGUUGUUUUUUCGAUAGCAUUUUUUUAUCAGAAAUUCGAGAAGUUGCUCCACAUCUAAAAUACUCAGAAGGAUAUAUGCCAAAACCACAAUCAUAUUUAAAUUAUAAAUAUAAAAUUGACACAAAAUUAAAUCCAAGUGAAAGUAUGGAAGAUAAACCUGAUUUUUUAGAAAAUAAAAGUUUAUCUGAAAAACCGUUAAAGGAUCACGAAAAGGUAGAUUUCGAUAUUUUGGAUACAUUUAUUAAAUUGAAAUAUACAAAUAAAGAUAUUCUUUGUUCGAAGGAAGAAUCUAAUGAAGAAAUUCGAAUCGAAAAGAAGAGUAAUAAUAAUAGAAACACAUUUAAUUAUAAUAUUAAUGAAGAAAAAGGAAAUAAAAAAAAAUAUAAAAUAAAAAUAGUAGACUAUAGUAACGAAUAUAUUGAUUAUAUAUGUAAUGUAGAAAGAAAUAAAAUAUUAUAUACAAAAAAAAAAGAUAAAAUUAAAGAAAAUUUAAAGAAUAAAUAUAACAAUCAGAAUAGUAACAUAUAUGAUAUACUUGAUUAUGAUAAAAAAGAUAUAAAUAUAAAUAAGAAAAAGGAUAUAAUAUUAAUAGAUAAUACUUUACAAUUUUUUGAUCAUAUAUUUUUUAAAGAUUAUUUAUCUGAUUUUGUUUAUAUAUCAUUACCACCUGGUGAAUUUAUUGAAGAUGCAUAUACAAUUAAAGAUGAAAAAAAUUAUGAUUUUACGAUUUUUAACACUUCGCUAGCUACACAAGAUGAUUUUUUAAAAAGGCAAAAUUAUUUACCGAAAUUUUUAAAGGGCAUAUGGUUAAAAAAAGAAAAUUCAAAAAUUUUAUUUUAUGAUAAACAAAAUAAUGCAUUACUAUUUGGAACAGGUAUAGAUAAAACAUUUUCAUGGAAUAAAAAAGUAGAACCUCGAAUUAUGAAAAGAGCUUUAAUAAAUAUGGAAAUAGCAAUUGAAAAAAUACGAAAAGGUAGUUCAAUAAUUCAUGAUGAUAUAACAAUACAUCAGGAAUCAGAAAGAAUUAUUAAGGAAUACACAGAUGAAUAUACUUCUUUAGAAAAUCGGUUCACUUCUAUUUAUAAUCAGUUAACUGAUUCAGAAGGAUAUAAAGAUUUGAAACCUGCCCCAGGUCUGGAAUAUUUAAAUCCAAAUAUUUGGGAAAAAACACCUGAUGAACACAAACAAUUAAUGAUGGACCCAGAAAAAGUACAAAAAAUACAUUCAAAUUUUUUAAAAAAACUGGAACUAUAUAAAGUUACCAUAGAUGAUGAUCCUUUUGUUCAAAAAGAACCAUCAGAAAGUGAAAUAUUAAGUAACUCUGAUAAGGUAGAUGUUGAUAUAUUAUGA